GCCCGCGCCGUCCCCGCGGCUCCCGCCGGCCCCCGCGGGCCGGGCCCCGCGUUAUGUCGUGAUCCCGGGCGGGCGGCGCUGCUGCUGCUGCUCAUGGGGCUGCUCAGGAUUAUGCUGCCGCCCAAGUUGCAGCUGCUGGCGGUGCUGGUGUUCGGGGUGGCCGUGCUGUUCCUGGAGAACCAGAUCCAGAAGCUGGAGGAGUCCCGCGGCAAGCUGGAAAGGGCUAUUGCAAGGCAUGAAGUCAGAGAAAUAGAGCAACGUCACACAGUCGAUGGUCCCCGACAAGAUGUGACACUGGAUGAGGAAGAUGACGUGGUGAUUAUUUACAACAGAGUUCCCAAGACUGCCAGCACAUCUUUCACAAAUAUUGCCUAUGAUCUCUGUGCGAAGAACAAAUACCAUGUUCUACAUAUCAAUACAACCAAAAAUAACCCUGUUAUGUCUCUGCAAGAUCAGGUGCGCUUUGUGAAGAACGUGACCUCGUGGAAGGAGAUGAAGCCGGGAUUUUACCACGGCCACGUCUCGUACCUGGACUUCGCCAAAUUUGGUGUUAAAAAGAAACCAAUUUACAUAAAUGUCAUAAGAGACCCUAUAGAACGCCUAGUUUCUUACUAUUACUUUCUGCGCUUUGGAGAUGAUUACAGACCAGGGCUACGGAGGCGAAAGCAGGGGGAUAAAAAGACCUUUGAUGAAUGUGUGGCAGCUGGAGGUUCCGACUGUGCUCCAGAGAAACUUUGGCUUCAAAUUCCAUUCUUCUGUGGCCACAGCUCAGAAUGCUGGAAUGUGGGAAGCAGAUGGGCUUUGGAACAAGCCAAAUACAAUCUGAUUAAUGAAUACUUCCUAGUGGGAGUUACUGAAGAGCUUGAAGACUUUAUCAUGUUAUUGGAGGCAGCUCUGCCCCGGUUCUUCAGGGGUGCCACAGAACUGUACCGGACAGGAAAGAAGUCGCAUCUUAGGAAAACAACUGAGAAAAAACUUCCCACAAAAGAAACUAUUGCCAAGCUACAGCAGUCUGAAAUCUGGAAAAUGGAGAAUGAGUUCUAUGAAUUUGCACUGGAGCAAUUUCAGUUUGUCAGAGCACAUGCAGUUCGGGAAAAAGAUGGAGAAUUGUAUAUUCUGGCUCAAAACUUUUUCUAUGAAAAGAUUUACCCUAAAUCAAACUAAGAAUGCUAUACUAUUAGAUUUAUGGACCUAAAUCUUUGGCCACAUCAUCAUCUUAGUCCUCAACCAUGGAAACUAGAUUGCUUGUAGACCUCCAAGACAUUUCUUUAUACAGGAAAAGUGGGUUGUGGAUCACCUCCAGGGCUUUGGAUAUAGCUGUGUUGGUAAUCCAGAAGCAAAGGCUUCAUUUCUUUUAUCUAACUAAUAUUUUCAGUGGGAGUCAAUAUCCUUAACCUGAAGAAAUCUACAAUGUAAUUUGGAGCAAUUAAAACACGGCAGUCCUAUUUGAAAAUGUAAACAAUCAAAAAACCACUUCUAUUGAUGCUCUUUUUAAUUUUCAGAGCAAUUUAUUUUCAUUUAUACUUCUGUGAAGAGGAAAUCAUUUUUCCCCAGCUUUCAACAUGGAAAUUUUGGUUGUAUACAGUAUGAGUAGUCCUAAUAACUGGUUGACAUCUGUGCUUUGUUUUAGUGAAUCAUGUCACAUGAUAUUAAUUGGGAUGGUUAAUCAUGUUCUGCUGAGAAAUGCUGCUGCUGGAAUUGCCCAUAUUUAUAUAUGUGGUUUUAUUAAAAAAUUACAACUACUCA